AUGACUGAAAAAAUACCAAUAAAGAAUUAUCAAAGAACACAUGCCAAAGCUUUACUUAAAUUGACCGAAAAACUUUUCAAUAAGGACUUUUUUGAUCUCUAUUUAACCUCCCAGCAAUUGGUUGUUCUUGGAUAUCUACUGUCAAUUCCAAGCGAAGAAGACAAACUCAAAGCAUGGGAUUAUUUCUUAAAGGGAAACAUAACAUUAAAUGUUGAAAAAUUAUUCUCAUCGAUUCAAGAAGAAGAACACAGUGGAACCGUCUUCCCUGCUGUUGAUCCGCCAUCAGAUUAUAUAUCAUCACAAACAAUUAAGGACAAUAACAAUACCAAUAUCAACAGCAAUACCAGCAAUGAAAAUCGCGUUGAAAAUCAAAUUGAAGACAAAGGUGAUAACGCAAUAGCAAAUGAAGACGAUUUUGCGAAUAAUGACGAAGGUGAUAAUGUUGAAGAAGACUUAUUCAAAUUAGACUUGGAGGAUUUGAAGCAGCAAAUAAGUGGGACAAGGUUCAUUGGAAACCUAUCCUUAAAAAUCAGAUACGUCUUAUGGCAGUGCGCCAUAGAUUAUAUGUACUGUGAUCAUAAUGAGUUUGAUGAUGAAAAUGAUACAGAAUACACUCUAUUAGAUGUUGAAGAGAAGGAGGACAAAGAGGAAAUUGGUAAAAAUGACAAACCCCAAAACCAAGAAAGUGUUUCGAAGUUAACUGAGGAUGAAGAUUAUGACGAUGAAGAUGAAAAUUAUGAUGAAGACAGUACAGAGGUAAAAAAAGCAGAUAAUGUUACAAAACAUCCUAAUUCUAUUUUUUCUUCUAAUAUUGAAAUCGACGAUGAACGACGCUUAAUGCUAAACAUUUCAAUAUCAAAAGAAACACUAUCAAAGUUAAAAACGAAUAACGUAGAAGAAAUCAUGGGAAAUUGGAACAAAAUUUACCAUAGUUUUGAAUACGACAAAGAAACUAUGAUAAAGCGCUUAAAACUUGAAGAAAGCGAUAAAAUGAUAGAGAAAGGAAAGAGGAAACGAAGUCGAAGUAAUUUAGAAGCAGCUACCGAUGAGCAAGAUCAUGAAAAGAUAAAUGAUGAGCCAGAUACAAACCAGGAAUUACUAACUCCUGAAGGUUCAACAUUCAGCGAUACCGGAAACAAGCGCCCCAAACAAAAUAAUAUAGAUUUAACAGUCAAUCUAGGCAUCGAAAAUUUAUCACUAAAACACCUUCUAUCAUCUAUUCAGCCAAAAAAAUCCCAAUUGGGUAUAUCAGAUUACGAAUUGAAACAUUUGAUUAUGGAUGUCAGAAAAAAUCGGUCAAAAUGGACAUCAGAUGAGAGAAUUGGCCAAGAGGAGUUAUACGAAGCCUGCGAAAAGGUUGUAUUGGAAUUGAGGAACUACACUGAGCAUUCUACACCAUUUCUGAAUAAAGUGAGCAAAAGAGAAGCCCCAAAUUAUCAUCAAAUCAUCAAAAAGUCUAUGGACCUGAAUACUGUUUUGAAGAAAUUGAAAAGCUUUCAAUAUGACUCCAAGCAAGAAUUCGUAGACGAUAUUAUGCUAAUAUGGAAGAAUUGCUUGACCUAUAAUUCAGAUCCUUCACAUUUUUUGAGAGGGCAUGCUAUUGCUAUGCAAAAGAAAUCUCUUCAGUUGAUUCCCAUGAUUCCAAAUAUCACAAUCCGAAACAGGGCUGAUUUAGAAAAAGAAAUUGAAGAUAUGGAAAAAGAUAAAGACUUUGAGUUAGAAGAGGAGGAAGAAGUUGCUGGUUCUGGGAGGAAGGGACUAAAUAUGGGAGCUCAUAUGCUAGCAAAGAAGAAUGACAAAACGUCUGAAAAGGGCAACUCUAAAACUGUCAAGGACGAAACACCAAUCAAUAAUGACAAACUAGCUUCCGCCAUAUCUGAAGGAGAAAAAGAAAAGGAUAAAACUGCCUUAUCUACUGAAACUUUCGAUGAAAACGGUAAUAAGAAAGAAAAUGGGGAAAAUGAGGAGCAUGAUAGGAUUGAGAAAGCCGGUAAAACGGAAGAUUCGACAAAAGAUGCAGACGUCAAAAAGGAUACAAAAGACGGUCCACAGGGUAUAACGGCACAAAGUAAGGACGCAGAAGGAAACAAUGAGGAAGAAGAAGAAGAGGAUGAUGAUGAAGACGAAGACGAAGACAUGGCUGACUCCCAAUCUUACUUACUUGAAAAGGACGAUGAUAGAGACGAUUUGGAAAUAUCUGUAUGGAAGACUGUAACCGCUAAAGUUCGUGCCGAAAUCUGCUUAAAAAGGGCUGACUAUUUUAAAAACGGAAAAUUGAAUAGCGAUUCAGAAGCAUUUUUGAAAAACCCACAAAGAAUGAAAAAUUUUAACCAACUUUUCCUUGAAUAUAAAGAGCAGAAAGCUUUGGAAUCAUAUCGUCAGAAAAUAGAGCAAGACUCCAUUAUGAAAAAUGGUUUUGGAACAGUACUAAAACAGGAGGACGAUGACCAAUUGCAAUUUCAUAACGAUCACUCUCUAAAUGGAAAUGAGGCUUUUGAAAAGCAACCUAACGAUAUUGAGUUAGAUGACACCAGAUUCUUACAAGAAUAUGACAUCAGUAACGCCAUUCCUGACAUAUUAUACGAAGGAGUAAACACUAAAACAUUGGACAAGAUGGAGGAUGCCUCUGUGGACCGCAUGCUUCAAAAUGGUAUUAAUAAACAAAGCAGGUUUCUAGCUAACAAGGAUUUGGGACUAACACCUAAAAUGAACGAAAACAUCACGCUAAUUCAGCAAAUUAGGCAUAUCUGCCAUAAAAUAUCCUUGAUUAGAAUGUUACAGAGCCCUUUGUCGGCUCAAAACUCCAGAAAUAAUCCCAACGCUUUUCUCAAUAGCCACAUUUAUAACUACACUAUUAUUGAUGACUCGCUUGAUAUUGACCCUGUGUCCCAACUUCCGACCCAUGAUUACAAAAACAAUAGGGAACUGAUAUGGAAAUUCAUGCAUAAGAACGUAUCCAAGGUUGCUAUGGCUAAUGGGUUUGAAACCGCUCAUCCAUCAGCGAUAAACAUGCUUACCGAAAUCGCCGGGGAUUACCUAUCCAAUCUGAUCAAGACUUUGAAACUCCAUCAUGAAACUAACUCCUUAAAUAGAGGAACAAAUGCGGAAAUGCUGCAAACAACAUUGCUGGAAAACGGUAUCAACAGGCCGGAUGACCUAUAUUCCUAUGUUGAAUCUGAAUUUGGCAAAAAAACUAAGAAACUUCAGGACAUCAAGCAGAAGUUAGAGAACUUUUUAAGAGCCCUAUUAAGGCCAACUUUGCAGGAGUUAUCUGAGAGAAAUUUUGAAGACGAGAGCCAAAGCUUUUUUACCGGUGACUUUGCCAGUGAAUUGACCGGUGAAGACUUCUUUGGUUUUAGAGAGCUUGGAUUGGAAAAGGAGUUUGGAGUUUUGAGUUCUUCUGUUCCACUACAGUUAUUAACCACUCAAUUUCAAACUGUUGACGGAGAAACCAAAGUGCAGGCCAAGAAAAUCCAACCGGAAGAAUCAGACAGCAUCGUGUACAAGAAGAUUACGAAAGGUAUGCUCGAUGUUGGUUCGUACUUGAAUACUCUACUUCCGCUAUUAAGAAAAGACUAUGAACGUUCUAAAGCCUAUAUAGCGAAGCAAAACAAGUCAUCUGCGAAUGAUAGAACCUCGACCACCUCGACAGAAGACAGUUUCUUCGUCUUAUUAGAAGAAGAUCAAUUUGUUUCAAAAAAGACUGCCACCAAGGCAAGAUUGCCCCCUACUGGUAAAAUAAGUACCGCAUACAAAAAGAAACCGAUUGCAAGCGCGUUCAUACUUCCAGAAGAGGACCUGGGAAACGACGAGAAAGCGGAUCCAGCAACAACUGUAAAUUCCAGAGUGCAUACAGAAAAUGAUGUGGGUUCUUCCCUAUUUUCAGGAACACCCCAACCACUGGAUUCUUUGGAUAUGGAAGAUCCUUUUGAUGAUACCAAUAUGGGCAGCAAUAGUUCAUUUAGCUUGAGCCUUCCUCGCCUUAAUCAAUAA